GAAGUAAAGGUAACAGUUCAGCAUGAGUGACCAUCAAGUGAUAUUCUACCUUCUAUUACUAGUAUUUCUUACAACAAAAAUUCACCGACGAAAACUGUGCUAAUUCGUCCCUCACCGGCUUUGGGUACGAGAUGAUAACAGCGAAACUGGACCAUAUUCAGUGCAAGCUGACCGCGAUCGAGCUUGCUAUGAACGAGGAUCGGAAGCGCUUCGACCAGAAGCUGUCUACAGCUGUCAGCCAACUGAGCGAAACGAUUGGCCGCAAUCUGACCGCACUGAGCACACAAACAAAUAAAAUGCUCACUGAGGAGACCGCCAACGCCAACCACGAACGGAUGCGAGAUGAGAUUCAAAUGCUUUUAUCGAAGCAAGACCCGGCUCCAUUUAUGGUUACUUCUGGCCUAAAUCUUCACAGUGUUUCGUUUCAAUCGUGCAAGACCAAUCCAUCGAAGCGAUCGGGCAAGUAUCUGAUACAACCUUCCGAAAAUCACGAACCAUUCCUCGGUUACUGCGAACAGUCUAGUUUCGGAGGAGGUUGGCUUGUGUUCCAGUAUCGUUUUAAUGGAUCGGUGGACUUUGAUCGCAACUAGGAUGACUAUCGGAACGGGUUUGGAAGCCUCGAUGGAGAGUUUUGGCUCGGCUUGGAACACUUGCAUUGUAUUACGCAGGCACGACAACACGAACUGUUGGUUGAGAUGAAAGAUUUCGAUGGAAACUAUUUUUACGCACUGCAUAGCGAGUUCGAAAUAGGCAGCGAGGCAGAGCAAUAUAUGUUAAAUAAGGUUAAAUUGUCUUUAGGAACAGUAAAAGAUGGAUUAGAAUAUCAUAAAGGGAUGAAGUUUUCGACCAAGGAUCGGGACAAUGAUCACUAUCCCGAUAAAAGCUGUGCUCCCAUAUACGGAGGAGCUUGGUGGUAUAGUUGUGCUAACACUUCAAAUCUAAAUGAUCGUUAUAUGAAUAGUACAAGUGGAAAAUCUAUAAGCUGGUAUUUUUACAAAUCAUCCUAUUUGGGUUUAGCAUACUCAAGAAUGUUGGUUCGCGAAAUUUAACGCGUUUUAAUCAAUAAAAUAAAACAAACAUGCAUCCAUUCCAAGCUCAGUUGAAUUUCCAGAACCAGUUAACAGUUGCAUACGUUUGGUGUAUUAUCGCUGCAUCUUCAUCCUUGGUCUGGUGACUCGCCGGAAUGCUGUGCGUUAUGAUAAGGCAUCAACUUAUGAAGUUAUAGACGUGAUCGCACUACUAAAAUAAAAAAAAAACUACUAUAAGCAACACAUUUAUGGAAGAGAGUCUAUUCACAGUUACAAUAAACAUGACUGACCCUGCCACUUGAAAUAAA